AUGUCUUUUUGCUACCUUGAUGUGUUACCUCCAGAAAUCAUUACACUAAUUCUCCAGCACUUGUCCUUCUCGGAAUUGGCUGCACUUUUGAAACGUGAACCGCAAUUUUACCAAUUAAUUUCUGCUAGUGAUUUGAUGUAUGCAUUUACAUGUACAUUCACUCAUAUUUAUUCGAAUCAAAAAGAAAUGGAAAAUGCGCCAAGUUGGAUUGCAUCAAGAGUGUGGAAAAAAAGAAUACCCCUACCAAAAGAACAUAUUCACCAAUUGACCAAAUUUCAAAAAUUAUUAGCAACAACUAGAAAUGAUUCCUCCAAAUACGAAAAGCAUUUGAAACAAUUUCACUAUCAUCGAAUUAAAUUAUUAAUGAGUGCUUGGAAGUACAAUCUGAAAACAGAUAUCAGGUUUUUUAGGCAGAGUGGAAUUGAAAAUUAUUUACAAUAUUUUGAAAAUCAUCUCACUUGGUUUAUGGAUUACGAUAUUCAAGCAAAUACACGAGAGCUGAGUUAUCUGUUGGUUGAAUUACCGAUUGAGCUUUGUGGGUCGAUUUUUUGGACAUUGAAACAUCCUAAUUAUUAUACUAUUUUGGAACCUUCAAAUUUGGAAAGAUUUUGUAAAGUAUUGCCCAAGUAUUUUUACAUAUUACUCAAAUUGGGUCAUCCAAGAUUUUGUCAUAGAUUUCCCUCAUGGAAACAUUCAUCACGGCUAUCCAUAUUGAUCGAACAAAAUUCUGAUGUGAUAGUGAGAGUUCCAAAUGGAGUUUGUUUACUUUACUUUAUUUCCAUGUUUGAGAGAGUUAACCCAAGACAAAUUCUAUCAAAAUUGAGUAGUUCACCAUCGGUUAUUAAGAACGGUGCUCUUUUACAGGAAAUGUUGGAAGAAUUUGAAUUUCCCCUCAAGUACUGGUGGGAUUAG